AUGAGGUUCACAUUCCCUCUCAUGGCCAUUGGCCUGGAAGUUGCCAUGAUUGUUUUAUUUGGAUUAUUUGUUCAGUAUGAAACGGAUCAGAACUUUUCCCAGCAGCCCAACAGCACCAAGUCACCUACCGUGGAUGUGGACAGAUACCUUGACUUGUAUCCUCUCUUCCAAGAUGUGCAUGUUAUGGUAUUUGCUGGGUUUGGCUUCCUCAUGACCUUCUUGAGAAAAUAUGGCUUCAGUAGUGUGGGCAUCAACCUACUCAUUGCUGCUCUGGGCCUCCAGUGGGGCACUAUUGCACAGGGGAUCCUGCAGAGCCAUGGAGAGAAAUUCCACAUUGAAAUCAAAAACAUGAUAAAUGCAGACUUCAGUACAGCCACAGUUCUGAUUUCUUUUGGAGCUGUCCUGGGAAAAACAAGCCCAAUCCAAAUGCUGACCAUGACAAUUUUAGAAAUUGCUGUCUUUGCUGUCAAUGAAUAUCUGGUUGUCGAGAUAUUUGGGGCCUCUGACAUUGGAGCAUCAAUGACCAUCCAUGCCUUUGGGGCCUACUUUGGUUUGGCUGUAGCAGGCGUCUUGUAUCGAUCAAGCCUGAAAGAAGGGCAUCACAAUGAAGAGUCUGUGUACCACUCAGACUUGUUUGCAAUGAUUGGGACUCUUUUUUUAUGGAUAUUUUGGCCCAGCUUUAAUUCGGCCAUCGCUAAUGCUGGAAAGAACCAGUACAUGGCCAUCGUAAACACAUACUUCUCUCUUGCCGCCUGCGUGGUUACAGCCUAUGCAUGCUCCAGCCUUCUUGAGAGCCGAGGCAAGCUCCAUAUGGUUCACAUUCAGAAUGCAACCCUUGCUGGAGGAGUGGCUAUAGGCACUAGUGCAGACAUGGCAAAUACCCCAUACUAUGCUAUGAUCAUUGGGAGCAUUGCAGGAAUGGUCUCCGUGUUUGGGUUCAAGUUUCUGACUCCAUUUUUCACUACUAAACUGAGGAUCCACGAUACAUGUGGGGUCCAUAACCUACACGGCUUACCUGGUGUGAUAGGAGGCCUCGCCAGCAUUGUGUUCAUAGCCUUGGAGACAGCUGACAGGUCUGCCAUGGCCAUGCAGGCAGCUGCGCUAGGUUCUUCCAUCGGAACAGCACUUGUUGGAGGGCUAGUCACAGGUCUGAUUCUAAAGAUACCUAUCUGGGGACAACCAGCUGACCAGGACUGCUACGAUGAUUCUGUUUAUUGGGAGGUCCCUAGGAGGACAGAACUGGACAUGUUCAGUCGUUUCCAUGAACACGGCAACCACAACCAGUUAGAACCUGAAGCCUAAAAACCAUUCCUGUGCCUCCGCCUCUUUUCCCAUUGCCUAGACUUGAAAUAAAAUGGCAGCAUCCAGUGAGAAUGUGGACCAGAAUGGAUAGAUCCUGAGCCCCAAAUGUCCAGUGUGAAAAUGUUUUAACAUAAUCUGGUGCUGUCUCUUGGCAUCAAUGAUCGUUUAGUUGAAGAAAUGUGACAUACAACAGAUGGUCAAAUGGAUUCUAUUCAGGACUCCCAGAUUACUCUUGCCAGUGGGUAGGUACAGGGUGAACGUUCCAUGUAUUUUCUUGUAUCUUUUUUUUUUCCACAUAGAGGAAAAUUUACAAAGAGACCAACAU